GGGAGGUGGGGGCAGCCAGCCCGGGAGGCGCUCAGCGCCCGCUCGCCAUGCAGAGACCCAGCGGCCAAGGGGCCGCCUUCUCCAUCGACUCGCUGAUCGGGACCCCGCCGCCGCGCUCCGGCCACCUGCUCUACACUGGUUACCCCAUGUUCAUGCCCUACCGGCCGCUGGUGCUGCCCCAGGCGCUGUCCCACGCGCCCCUGCAGUCCGGCCUCCCCCCGCUAGCCCCGCUGGCGUCCUUCGCCGGCCGCCUCACCAACACCUUCUGCGCCAGCCUGGGACAGGGAGUGCCCUCCAUGGUGGCGCUCACUACGGCGCUGCCCAACUUCAGCGAGCCCCCCGACGGCUUCUACCCGGCGCAAGAGCUGCCGGCUGCGCGCACCAACCCGGAGCCGGGCUGCAGGCGGAGCGCAGAGAGCUUGGAGGCGGAGGAGCUGCCCCCGGCCCGGGACAAGGGGCCCCCUGAGCCGCAGCUACACUUCCCGGACCCUUUUCCCAGCCUGGCAGAUGGCAAGGCGUACAGCUCCGAUGAAGAGAAGCUGGAGGUGAAAUCAUCGGAGACCCCAUGCAGUGAGAGGGAAGAGGAGAGCUCGGUGCCUGACAGCGAGGAUGAGAGUUUCCUGGAUGGGAGCAGUGCCAGCUGCCUGGGGCCAAAGCCCAAGCCCAAGAGCAGCUCCGGUGGGGAGCAGGCACCCCCUGGCUCCAACCCAGGGAAGAGCCGCCGGAGGCGCACGGCCUUCACCAGCGAGCAGCUGCUGGAGCUGGAGAAGGAAUUCCACUGCAAGAAAUACCUGAGCUUGACAGAGCGCUCGCAGAUCGCCCAUGCCCUCAAGCUCAGCGAGGUGCAGGUCAAGAUCUGGUUUCAGAACCGCCGCGCCAAGUGGAAACGCAUCAAAGCUGGCAACGUCAACAACCGCUCUGGUGAGCCCGUCCGCAACCCCAAGAUCGUGGUACCCAUCCCGGUGCACGUCAACAGGUUCGCCGUGCGCAGCCAGCACCAGCAGAUAGAGCAGGGCAGCCGGCCCUGAGCCCUGUCACACGCUCCAGGCUCCAGCUCAGAAACUCUG